ACAUUCCCUAGCUGCUAGCUCCACUCCCCACCAGCUCUAUGCCGCAGUGUGCGCAAGCGCAAGCAAACCCAGAGCCCCACCUGCCGCUGUGCCGCCACUCCGGGUAACCGCGCGUGGGGAUGAGGCAGCUGGCGCGGCGGCUCACUCGCGUCGCGGACUCCUCAGCGUCCCCGGCGGAGGAGCGGCGGGGCGUCGAGAAGGCUCCGCAAGCGGCGGCAGUGCCCGAGGGCCACGUGCCGGUGCACGUCGGGGAGCGGUCGGACGGCGAGGCGGAGCGCUUCCUCGUGCGGGCUGAGCUGCUGGGCCGCCCGGCGCUGGCCCACCUCCUGGGCCGUGCUGCCCAAGAGUACGGGUACGGCCACCAGGGCCCGCUCAGGAUCCCGUGCUCCCCCGCCGCCUUCCGCCGGGCGCUCGCGGCCCUCGAGCCUUGACAGCGCCGCUGCCGCAGUGCCGCCUGCCGCCGAGCCGACGGGCAAGCUAUUUGGGCUCCCUUCUUUCUACUUGUGUUGUAUUUGUCACCUAUAAAAUACGUCCUAAACAGGAGGCGUACGUAUGUAUGAUCAAAACAAUUCAACGAACCUGGUACCUAUUA